AUGUCGGCCUGCUACUUCGUCGUCAUGCCGUACACUGUUGCUCUGAGCGAGGAAACGUUCGACGUGGCAGCGAAGGAGCUGUCGGAUCGGUAUAGGGGCGGGAUCAAGCACCCAGACGCCGAGAACGUGCUGGAGGCACUGCCAGCAUCGACUGACGUCUUUGUCGAGGCGGCGCUCGCGGGUGUGAGCUCGGGCAACGCGCCAUGGUACACGGCGUUGGGCAUCGUGGAUGACUACAUCAAAGUGCGGCAUGGUGAUUGGGAGGUGGAGGACUUCAAGAUCGCAAAUACUCUGCAGGGCCCAAUGGUGCAGUUCCUCAUGUGGACGUUCAGGGGCGAGCUGGUGUUACACGGCGCGUACAAUGAAGCAUACUACGAGCCUGCGUAUGUCGACGACCUGCUGGCGAGGAGCCUCGCUGCCCUGCGACGAGCGCUUGGGGUCGCCGAUGGCGAGACCAGCUCAUCCGGUGAUGGCCCCGACCAGGGUGCCAACGUGUUGUCAUCAUAA